GUGCGCCCUGCCUCCUGUCACGUGACCUCCCGCCAUGCCCCGCAAGCGGCCGUUCAGCGCGAAGCGCAAGAAGCAGCAAUUGCGCGACCGGCGGGAGCGAAAGCGGGGGGACGCCCCCCCAGGCACCGGUAGCCACAGUGAGAGCCGUGAGUGUGACAGCGAUGCAGCCACCUCUGAAACCGGAGACCCCCCCGCCCGCCGCCACGACCCCGGCCGGUUCCGGCUGCAGCUGGGCACAGCGCGGGCUGAAGAGCUGGCGCGACGUCGGCGCCAGGCGCAGGAGGAGCUGCUGGAGACGCUGCCGGAGAGCACCUUGGAGCUCGAGCCCGACAGCGUCUACGGCCCCGGCCUGGAUUUCCCACGCCGGCCGGCCUGGAGCUUUGCCAUGAGUCCCGAGGAGCUGCGGGCGCGCGAGGAGGCGGCGUUCGGGGCCUUCCUGCGGGCGCUGAGGGACGGCGGGGACACGGUGCCCUUCGAGCACAACCUGGAGACCUGGCGGCAGCUCUGGCGGGUGCUGGAGAUGUCAGACGUCAUCCUGCUCAUCACCGACGCUCGGCACCCGGCGCUGAGCGUGCCUCCUGCGCUGGCGACCCACGUCACACGCGACCUGGGCAAGGGCCUCAUCCUGAUCCUCAACAAAGUGGACCUGACGUCCCCGGCUGUGGCCACCGCCUGGAGCCACCUCCUGCGCCACCGCUUCCCCUCCGCCCGUGUCGUUCCCUUCAGCUCUGCCCCACGGCGCAGCCCCACAGCCGGGCUGCAGCGGCGGCAGAGACGGGCGGGAGGCUGGAGCCGCGCCGUGGGGCCUCGGCAGCUGCUGGAGGCGUGCGAGAGCAUCGUGGAGGGAGAGGUGGAUCUGAGCAGCUGGCGUGCGCGCCUGGAGAAGGCAGAGCAGCAGGAGGAGGAUGAGGAGGAGGAAGAAGAGGCAGAGGAGGUGGAAGACAAGGACGAGGAAGGCGAGGAGAACGGUGCUGCCGGGGCCCCCCGGCAGUGGGAGCGCUACCGGCACGGGGUCCUCACCCUGGGCUGCGUCGGCCUGCCGAAUGCUGGGAAGUCGUCGGUGCUGAACGCACUGCUGGGCCGCAGCGCUGUCAGCGUCUCCCGCGCCCCCGGCCGCACCCGCUACUUCCAAACCCAUUUCCUCACCCCUUCCGUCCGCCUUUGCGACUGCCCUGGCCUUGUCUUCCCCUCCCACGCGCCCCCGGCCCUCCAGGUGCUGGCGGGUGUCUACCCCAUCUCCCAGCUGCAGGAGCCGUACUCGGCUGUGGGCUACUUGGCCGCCCGCCUCCCGUUGCCGUCACUGCUGCAGCUGCGGCCACCCAGCGCCACAUCUGGCUGGACAGCGUGGGACAUCUGCGAGGCCUGGGCAGAAAAACGAGGUUACAAGACGGCGAAAGCAGCUCGAAACGAUGUCUACCGCGCGGCUAACAGCAUCCUGCGGCUGGCGGCUGACGGACGGCUGCGCCUCUGCCUGCGCCCCCCAGGCUACACCGCCCAGAAGGACGUGUGGGAGCAGCACCCGGACACGGCGGCGCUGGCGGCACUGCAAGAACGAGGGGACCCCGAGACCCCCGGGGAGGGGGCGACAUCGGAGGAGGAAGAGGAGGGGGCGGACAGCGAGGAGGGGGCGGAGCCUGGCGACUCCACUCGCCCUUCUGGCCACGCCUACAAUCCUUUUGCAUUGCUGUGCGAGGAUGAGUGUUAG